AUGGUUCCCCUGGCCCAGGGUUCCGACGCCGGCGGAUCGAUACGGAUCCCCGCCGCGUGGUGUGGGGUGGUUGGAUUCAAGGCCACCUACGGACGCAUUCCCAACUCGGGCGGCGCGAACGCCUUCGGCGCCGCCGCACCCUUUGUGCACACGGGCGCGUUAACCUCAACCGUACGCGACGCCGCGUUGAUGACCCAAGUUAUGGCUGGCCCCCACCACGCGGACCCGUUCAGCUUUCCGGACAACGGAAUGAACCUGCCGGCAGCGCUCCAAUCCGACCCAUCAAGGCUCCGCAUUGCCUUCAGCCCCGACAUGGGGGUGUUUGCCGUCGACAGUGAAGUGCGACGGUCAGUUGAGCACUGUGUCGGCGCCCUCGCUGACUCGGGCCUCCGUAUCGAGUCCCCAGAGUUUCAUCUUCCUCUCAAUCAAGACGAGCUCGCAGGCUUAUGGGUCCGACAAGUGGGGCUGGUCUAUCUUGAGAUGUUCGACUCGAUGGCCGCCACAGGGCCCGACCUCCUGAAAGAACGGCCCCAAGACAUUCCACAACAGAUACACGACAUGGUGGACGCCGCUCGCCGGGUCUCCGCCCUCGAAGCGCGGCGCGACCAGCAGCUAAGGUCGUUGGUUUGGCGAUCAGUUCAAGAGCUGAUGACUGACUACGAUAUCCUGCUUACUCCAACUCUGGGCGCCUUGCCAGUGACGAACGCCACGGAUGGACAGAGCCUCGGCCCGGCCACGGUCGCCGGCAGACCGGUCGAGCGGUCGAUCGGCUGGUGCCUCACCCACCCCUUCAACUUUACCGGCCACCCGGCGGCGUCGGUCCCUGCGGGUCUGUCCGCUUCGGGCCUGCCGGUUGGCAUCCAGGUUGUGGGCCGGCGUUUUGCCGACGAGCAGGAACGCAGCAUGAGUGAGGAAUCCGCCCUGCGGCCCGGACCGUGGCGACUGCUCGUCGUCGGCAUUCUAGUGUUUGGCGUCAUCGCCGGGGCAGUGCUGCUCAACCGCCCGCACGAAGCCGGACCAGAGGAUCCCCUCCCUGUGGCCGACGUCGACGCCGCGUCCCCUAAUAUCGCAACGCCCGAGAUCGCGUUCACUGACGUUACCGAGUCUAGCGGCAUCGAUUUCAUUCACCGCGGCGGCGCAACGGGCGAGAAAAUGCUGCCCGAGUCGGGCGGCUCCGGUUGCGCUUGGAUCGACUACGACAACGACGGCGACCCCGACCUGCUGCUCAUCAGCGGCAAACCCUGGCCGUGGGAAGAAGCGGACGGUGAACAACCCACCGCCAGCACGCUCCGCCUGUACCAAAACAACCGCGGCGUCUUCACCGAUGUGACCGGCGACGCCAACCUAACUGCCGAUUUCUACGGCCAGGGCGUCGCGGUCGGUGACUACGACGCCGACGGCGACGAUGACCUCUACAUCACCGCCGUGGGCCCCGACCACCUGUACCGGAAUGACGACGGCUCCUUCACCGACGUCAGCCUCGAGAGCGGCGCAGUGGGACAAUCGGACGCGUGGACCACCAGCGCCGGCUUCUUCGACUACGACCACGACGGCGACCUCGACCUGUUUGUCUGCAGCUACGUCAACUGGAGCCGAGAACGCGACCAGGCGGCCGGGCUCCGCGUGCCGGGGACCGGCCUCUCGUACGCCCACCCGUCUAACUUCGAUGGCGUCAACAAUUUCCUGUACCGCAACGACUCGGGAGAGUUCACCGACGUUUCCGCCGAAGCGGGCAUCCAGGUCACCGAUCCAGAAACCGGCGCGCCGCUCGGCAAGGCAUUGGCGGUCACCUUCGUCGAUUUUGACAACGACGGCUGGCUCGACGUGUUCGUCGCGAACGACACCGUUCGGCACUUCCUGUUCCGCAACCAAGAAGGCGUCUUCACAGAAGUUGGCCAGCAGCGCGGGUUCGCGGUGAACGCCCAGGGUGUCACGACCAGCGGGAUGGGGAUCGACGCCGCGUGGCCCUACAACGACGAGCGACUGGCGGUCGCGGUCUCGAACUUCGCCGGCGAGAUGACCGAGCUCUUCGUCACUCCAGACGGGGGCGCGGAUGCGUACUUCACCGACGACACCAUCGGCGCCGGGGUGGGGAGCCCAACGCUGGCGAGCCUCACUUUCGGGCUGUUGUUCGACGACUUCAAUCUCGACGGUCGCGUCGACCUGGUGCACGCCAACGGGCACCUCGAAGAGACGAUCCGCGCCGUUCAACCGGACCAGUCCUACCAGCAGGCGGCCCAGCUCUUUUGGAACACCGGCGCCGAAGACGGCCCCAUCCUCGUCCCGGCGCCGAACGAUGGCAUAGGAGAUCUCGCCAAGCCGAUCGUCGGGCGGGCGGUGGCCGCCGCCGACGUUGACGCCGACGGUGAUCAAGACCUCAUUCUAACUCAGGUCGAAGGACCGCCGCUGCUGCUCCGCAACGAUCAGCAGCAUGGUGGGCACUGGGUUCGCUGCAAGCUGCACGGGCCGGUGGGUAAUCCUCACGGCGUCGGCGCGCGCGUCGAGCUCGUCGCCGGCGGCGUGACGCAGCGAAGAACCGUCAUGCCGACUCGUGGCUAUCUUUCGCAGUCCGAACCGGUGGCGUUGUUUGGCUUGGGAGGCAUCGCCGCCGUUGAGAGCCUCACGGUCACCUGGCCCGACGGCAAGCAGCAGCAGGCAAAGGUGGCACGCGUCGACGCAACCGUCACCGUCCAGCAUGACGACGCGUCCUUCGAAAUGCUCGCCAACACCGCUAUGGCGCAGCUGGAGAACGCGGAGUUCGAGGCCGCCAUCGGCACGCUCGAGCGCGCGGUCAGGUUGAAGCCGGAUUCGGGUCCGACCCUCCGCAACCUGGCUCGGGCCUACCUGCUUGGCGGCCAACCUUCCGCGGCGGACAGUCAGCUCAACACGCUACCCGGCAGCGAGGCCCGGCCCCCCGCUGCCAUCGCGUACCUCCUUGGCCUAGCCGCUAACCGCCUUUCGAAACCCGAAGAGGCGAUCAGCCACUUCCGCGACGCGGUGCGGCACGACCGCCAGGAGCCGACGCUGCACUUCCAACUGGCGCUCGCGCUUUCUGCGGUCGGCAAGACCGACGAAGCGCGUGCGGAGCUCGAGAGGACGGCCGAGCUCGACCCGCUGCACGGCGGGGCCCAGUACCAACUGGCCGCGUUCGCACGCAAGUCAGGCGACCGAGACGCUUUCCGCAGCUACAUGCGAGACUACCAACGCAUCCGCAAGGUGAAGGGCGCGGCCGACGCCUUGGCCCUUGAGGUGUGCCGCUACACUCAGCCGGAGGUCAUGCUCACAGACGAUGGCCCGGCAAACGAUGCCGACGGCGCCCCAGUUCUCUUUGCCUGGGAGGAAGCCGAGGCGGUAGAUUUUCCGCCGCUGCUUGCUGCGGCGGUGCUGUCGAUGAGCGACAACGGCCGCUACCAGCUUGCCGGCCUGACCAGCCGCUCCGAACCGAUCGUGUUUGAAUGGGGCCAGGAGAACGGCUACCACGAGCUGCAGCGGGGUGAUGCCCUCUUUGAUCGGUCGCUGCCUUCCGCCGUGGUCGUCGUUGGAAACGCGAUCGUCGACUCGGCGUUGCGGACCCAUCAGGCCGCCGAUUCGGGUGACUUCAGUGAGAUCGCGAUAGUCACCCCGCUUGGCGCGCGUCUGCUGCGUUACACGCCCGAGAGCGGAUGGCAAGACCUCACCAAAGCGGCCGGGUUGAGCGGCGCGGCCGGGAACGUCGCGGUCUGGUCCGACCUCGACCACGACGGCGACAUCGAUCUUUGUGUUGGGCGUGCCGACGGACUUACCGCAUGGCGAAACAACGGCGACGGGACCUUCGUCGACGCCACCGCGGACUUCGGACUUUCCGACGCCGGGCCGUGCACCGCCCUGACCGCUGUCGAUCUGGACGGCGUGAACCUUGGCGUCGACCUGAUUCAGCUCGGCGGUGAACGUUCGCGGCUUUAUCGCAACCAGUUCGGCGGCACAUUUAAGCUCGAACCCCACGCAUCCGCGCACUGGCCGGCGGCCGAUAAGGUUGUCGCGAACGACUUCAACAACGAUGGCCUGCCCGAGGUGGCGUUGCUGUCAGGCGAGGCGGUCACGAUUGCCGACGCCUCGGGAAGUGUCGUCCAGACAUUGGAUUCCAACCUAGACGACGUCCAGGCGGCCAUCGCCAUCGACGUCGACAACGAUGGUCGGCUCGACCUGGCCGCCGCGGGCUCGGCCGACGGCGCCCCCGUGGUCGUGGCGUGGCGGAAUCGAGGCGACCGGUUCGAAGAGCAGGGGGGGCGAAUCCCGCUGCGCAGCGCCUGCCGCCCCGCCGGACUGCUGGCGCUGGACUUCAGCAACGACGGCUUGACCGACCUCGUUGCCAUCGGGAUUGACGACGCCGUGUCGAUCCAGACGAACUCGACCGACACCGAGAACCAGCAGCUGAAGCUGGCGAUACGCUCCUACGCGGGGCACCCGAGUUCGAUCGGCGUCCGGGUCCAGGUGCGGCGGAAAGCCUUCGUGACCUCACGCUGGUUGCAGCAGGAAUUGCCCAUUGAGCUCGGGAUCGACUCGCUCGUUGAGGCCGACGCCAUCCAGACGCUGUGGCCCAACGGCGUCGCCCGCAACGAGAUCGGCCGCCCCCUGACGGGUGGGCCGGUGCGGAUCACAAUCAUCGAAUUCGUGCGCACUAGCAGCUGCCCCUUCCUGUACGCCUGGGUCGAUGGAGCCUGGCGGUUCGUGACCGACUUGCUGGGAACAGCCCCGUUGAAUGUCUCGGUGGCCAGGGGCGUCCCUAUGCCGCCCGACCCGGACGAGCUGUACGUGCUGGGCAAUGCCGAGGAGUUUACGGACCCGCAGGGCAGUGUGCGGCUGCGCGUCACUUCCGAACUGCGGGAGGCGGUCUACCUGGAUCUUGCCCAGCUACUCGCGGUGGACCACCCGGACGGGAGCGAGGUCUUCUCCUACGACCGCGCCACGCCGCGGCCGUCAUCCGGCAAGCGUUUCGCGCUGGCGAGCAGCCUCACCCCCGUGCGCCGGGCUGUCGAUUCGGGCGGCCAGGACUGCACCGACGCGCUAACGGCGAUCGAUGAAGCUUAUAGCGAUCCCGGCCAGCUGCUCCCCUACCCGGCGGUGGGUUUCACCGAACCCCACGCCAUUGAGUUCGAAUUCGGCGAGCUGGCCGCCGACGAUGAUCUGCUGCUGGUGCUCACCGGCUGGUUCCGAUUCGGCGAUUCUUCCACUAACAUCGCCGCCUCGCAGCGUCGCGACUUGUCGCCCCUGUGGCCGAGGCUUGAAGUCGCCACGGCCGACGGUGAGUUCCACGUGAUUGACGACGCCAUCGGAUUCCCCGCCGGCAACACCAAAAGUAUUGUCUGCGACUUGCGAGGCAAGCUCCCUCCCCACGCCACCCGGUUCAGGCUCUCCACCACUUUCGAGGUUCGAUGGGACCAGAUUGCGCUGGCUCACGCGUUGCCUGCUCACACGGCUCAAGUGACGCAGAUAGACGCGGCCAUGGCCGACCUCCAGUGGCACGGGUUUGCGGACCUGCCGCAGCCCACCCUGGAUCGACCGCAGACGCCCGACCUGCGGCGCGUGCGGAACCGGCCGCCCUGGCUGACCUCCCUCCAGGGAUGGUGCACACGGUACGGCGACAUGGUCGAGCUGGUGGCCGAGGCCGACGACCGCCUGGCCAUCUUGAACGCUGGGGACGGCGCCACGCUCCAUUUUGACACGUCGCACCUGCCUUCACCUCCCCCGGGUAUGAAACGCACACUGGCCCUCUACCACCGCGGCUGGAUCAAGGAGGAGAACCCCAACUCACUUCCCGACCGCAACGUGGCGCCCUUCCCAGGCAGCGGCCGGGCGUCCGCCGAUCCGGAGGAAGAUUGGCAGGUUGAGUACAACACCCGCUGGGUGCCUCGCAAUCGGUUUGCCCAGCCCCUGCAUGACGGGCGUGCCCCUGAGUGA